CUCCAUUUUCAUAGCUAACUACUCAUCGUAACAAACUCUCUUUUGCUCUCUUCUUUCCUUAUAUUUUGUCUCUAUGGACUAUUUUUGUUCUUCCCAUCAUUUUACUCACCUAGACACGUGUCGUAGGACAACACCUACUUAUCACAUUUUGCACUUCAUAAGAUAAAUUUAUUACAUUCUUUUUAUAUUAUUACAUUAUUAUAAACUUUUUAUUUACCUUUUUUUUUUAUUACAAUUAAAAAAAAAACAAAAAUCUUGGGUUCCUUAUUUUAUUACACACCAUGUUGGAAGACAUUUUCGAUCCCGAUCAGCCACUCCCAUCAAAUUUAAAGGAGGAGCAACAACAACAUCAACUUUCCGUUGACGAAAUUUCAAGCCCUCUAAGCGCUCGAAUUUUCGAACUUUGUAACACUGAAUUAUUCCCAGAAGCAUUGCAGAAUUCUGAGGUUACAUCAAGCUCAAAUUGUUGCUAUGAAGAGAAUUCAUCAUAUACAACAAACAUUUUAGAUGUAGAAAAUAAGUUCAAUGGCAAUAGCAAUAACAAUAACACAGUUACUACUCCAACUAGCACAAACAACAACAACAACAACAACACAAACAGUAGUACUAAUCUAUCUGUUAUCUUUGAUUCACAAGAAGAAAUUGACAAUGACAUCUCUGCCUCCAUAGAUUUCUCACUAUCACCAUCUUUCAAUGUUCAAUCAUUCCUACCAGUUACAACAUCAAAUCAAGAACAAUUUGAUUUCACAUCUGUUCAGCAUCCUCCUCAUGUUCAACUUACAUCAUGUUCAGCUGCUGAAGGGUUUUCACAGUAUCAUCAAAAUGACCAUUCUUCAGUUGCACCUCUUAUGGGAGCUCCAUUGGGAUUACCACCUGUUUUUGAAGAAGAUUGCAUAACUUCUGUUCCUUCUUAUGUUCCUUUGAACCCUUCAUCUCCUUCUUGCAAUUAUCUUAGUUCUGCUAUGCCGUCUUAUAUGCCACCUGCUCCACUUGCUACUUCUUUGUCUGCUGAUAGUUCUGGUUUGUUUGGUGGAAAUAUUCUUCUUGGUCCGGAACUUCAGACACAAGAACUUGAUUAUCAAGGAGAAAAUGGUAGAAUUUAUUGUGCAGAUCCAAUUCAGAGGGUGUUUAACCCUCCUGACCUUCAGGCACUUAAUACUGAGAGUCAGCAACUAGUAACUGGGGCUGGUAGUUCUGCCACUCUAACACCAGAAAUCUCAAACUUGGAGGACUCAACCUUCAAGGUUGGAAAACUUUCUGUUGAGCAAAGGAAAGAAAAGAUUCACAGAUACAUGAAGAAAAGAAAUGAAAGAAACUUCAGCAAGAAAAUUAAGUAUGCGUGCCGAAAAACUCUGGCUGAUAGCCGACCUCGAGUGCGUGGAAGAUUUGCAAAGAAUGAUGAUUUUGGAGAUUCACAUAGAACUGCCAGUGGCAAUCAUGAAGAAGAAGAUGAAGAAGAGGCAGUUGUGAAAGAGGAAGAUGAUAUGGUUGAUUCCUCGGAUAUAUUUGCUCAUAUCAGUGGUGUGAACUCCUUCAAAUGCAACUAUUCCAUCCAAUCCUGGAUUUGACUCAAUAGUUUGAUUAAUUAAUUAGUAUAUAAGUGAAAUAAUUAAUAUAUUAGUUUAUGUAGAUUUUUUCAUGGCCCAGUUCCACUCCAUAUUUCUCCUUUAUAUUUGGGUUUGAUGGAUGAGGAAACUCAAUAAUUGGGGUCCUAAAACUAUACCAAUAAGUGAAUGAAGAAUAUAAGUAAUAUAUAGAAAUUAAGUAUUUUUAUUACUUGUAAACGUACUAAUUAAGUAUAAGUAUCACAAGUUGUAUCAACAUAUAAAAAGGUUCAGUUUCUUUUAUAUUAGUUAGAAGUUAGAAACUAGAUUUUUAUUGGUUGGUGGUUAUAUUGAAUGGCCUAAACCCAUGUUUUUAAAUAUAUUUCUCUCCAAUUUAUUGAAUC